AUGAAUUCAAUUACACUUUUAUUACAUGUUAUAGCGUUAACCUUUUUGUUUUGGCAAUCUGACUCUUUGUGUGAUAUGAGAGGUCCCAUUAAACGUUCGCCUAAUAGACAACAUAUAAGUGGAGGUAAAUUAGGUUCCAGCUUUGGAAGAAUUUUACAUGAAGCAGAUGAAAUUUCAACUGAGUCCUUUAGGAAUUCUAACAUACCAUAUGUGAGACUCAUUGAUUAUUCGGAUUCACAUGUAUAUUACGUUCAGUUUGAGGAAGCAGAUGCAGGGGAAAUACUACAAUCUGAAUUUGCUGAUAAAUUAAGUAGACAAUGGUACGAGGCUAUCACAGAAAUGGCAUCUGAAUAUGUUGAAUUUACAGAAUUGAUGAAUGUCCAGUGGAGAGAUAAAAUGUGGACUGACAUAUGGGUUAAAUAUCUGUCCAGCAUAAGCCAUGAUUUGCAAAUUUACCUUUCGUAUACUUUCCUACCUAUAAAUUGUAGAGAAGAAAUUUUUAAUAAUUUAGUGCAUUUAACUAGAAAAGAUUUUAAAGCAUUUUUAAACAUAAUUGAUGAUAAAUGGAACGAAAAAUUAAAUAACAAUGAUGUGUGA